CUCCGUGAGACUUGCACCCGAAGAAGUAAAGUCAGGCGUCACGUAUUGCCCCAUAUUUUUGACAGUGGGUCGUCUUAAUUUUUUACAAAAUGAUGUGGGGCGAAGUGAGUUUGAAGAAUUGGAGUUGGACUUCCUCCGACCUGGAAAAUUUGUGCGUCGACGAAAGUGAAAGUCAAUUGUGGUCACCAACAGAAUCCAGCUCAGUCGUGUCUCAAAAUUCGGAAUGCGAUCCCACUUCGCCAGAUGCAUUUCACCACCGGUUCUUCAGCUUCAGUGAGCACGAGUUUGUUCCACAAGGGGCUCAAAAUUCCUUGCUUGGAGAAGAUUUUUGGACAAAUGUUGAUCAAUUUCGCUGUAGAAGCGUGCACAAUAUCCUCCCAUCUUUUCGCAUUGGGUUUUCUCCGAUCGGUAACCAGGGAGGAGAAGAUGGGAAAUGUGAGACAGAUAUCUCAUCCAUACCAACCUGUCCAACGUCUGGCUCUCCUUCCCUUCAGCAUAUCGUUAUCCCAGGGACUGAUAACGACGACGAUGACGACGAGUCUUCAGGGGAACACACCUCGAUUUCAUCUUCAGAAGAGGACCACCAGCCAGUGCAAUGCAUGUGGAUAGACUGCAAGACCAUUUUUGAUACUCAGAGUUGUCUGGUCCGUCACAUUGACCGCACGCAUGUUGAGGGGAGAAAAGAAGACUUCCGUUGUUUUUGGCAUGGCUGUUCCAGAAGAAACCGGCCGUUCAAUGCACGCUACAAGCUGCUUAUUCACAUGAGAGUUCACACAGGACACAAACCAAAUCAAUGCAAUGUAAUUGGAUGUGGAAAGUCUUUCUCACGACUUGAGAAUUUGAAAAUCCACCUUCGUUCUCAUACAGGAGAACGACCAUAUGUUUGUCACCGAUGCCCAAAGGCAUUUUCGAAUUCUUCUGACCGAGCAAAGCACCAAAGGACUCACAUUGAAAGCAAACCGUACCAUUGCUCAUUUCCUAUGUGCAACAAAAAGUACACCGAUCCUUCCUCCCUAAGAAAGCAUGCCAAAGUCCAUUUUCUCCAAGAAGGAGUCACACCAAGCAACAUUGUGCAUCUGCCAAAAGCACUUGGCUCCCGUAAUCGGUCCCGAAUAUCAAGGAGUCCCAGGAAGAAGCUGAACAAGAUUUGUAAUCCAGGUGAAAAUCAGCCCUCUCACCGAGUCGACUUUUCUGACUCAAUCGACAGACUUUCACCAUUUCAACGAGCUGACUGGAUGGACUCUGAUGAGUUGGACGACUUCGUGGAGCCCAAAUAUGAAAUUAUGGACGAAAGCUUACUUUCUGACGUCGAGUGGAUGUCAACGGGAGAACUCAAAGAUAUUGAUCAAAUUUUAAGCUUUUAGUACAUUUUCAAAGUUACAAGAUUAGCAUUAUUUAUUCAUCAUAAAAGUAGAAUUUAAUUUGUAUAUUUAGAUCAAGGGCUUUCAGUUCAGUGUGAUAAAUAUGUAUGGUAGUAUGGUAUAUAUGUGCAUGGUACACAUGUACGAGGAAAGGUAUGCCAAUAAUACGUAGUUAUUUUAGCAGAUAAUCUUACGAUAAAUAUAAUGUAAUGCAAACUGCCAAAGCAAGCUUGUGAUAAAUACUGGAUCUACAGCAAAGUAAUUUAAGCUGUGUAUCUUCUUGGUUGUAAAUACGUAUUUAUAUCCUGACAGAAUUUAGAAAGUUGUGCUCAUUUUAAUUUUAUGAUGACGAUGAAAAAUGUUCAAAGUUGUGUGCAAUAUAUACAUACUUAAAUCAGUAUCUCAUCAGCAAUAUUUAGUAAUAGUUACAAUUAUACAUAAUCUCGUUAUGCAUUUGUGUCAAAUUAAUAGUUAUUAUUGCAUAGUACAAAAGUAAUUAACAUUAAAUUUGAUAUCAAAAA